CUUUUCUAUGGGUGGGGCUUUCUCAAUAAAAUAAUUUUUUAGUUAUUAAAAUAUCUAACAUUUAAGUGCGGAAUCAGAAAAGCAUUUACCUCUUUUUAUUGUGUACAUGCAAACUUUAAAGAUUCUAAGAUUUAAUUUGAAGUGAAGAUAAUAAAUAUAUUUAUAUAUAUCCCCAUAUAAAUUUAUAUCUAAAAUUUCCGAGAUUUUUAUUAUAAAAUGAUAUUCUAUUUCGCUCUGGCCGCAAUUUGUGUUACUGUAGUUUUAUUUUAUAGGAAGAAAAGAACCUUCAACCUGAAAAAUGAUCAUUUCGUGGUUACUGGUGGCUCAAGUGGCAUUGGUUUAGCAAUAGCCAUCCAAGCUGCAAAGAUGGGGGCCAACAUCACAAUAGUUGCCAGAUCACAAGAACGAUUGGAUGCUGCCAAAGAUAAAAUUUAUUCUGAAAUAAAAAAUUCUGAACAGAGAAUCUUAACAUUUUCUGCAGACAUAUCCAUUGAUAAUAAUUUAAAAGACUUAGUAAUAGAGGCAGAAAAAAAGGCUGGACCAAUUACUGUGCUUAUAAAUUGUGCCGGAGCAUCAGUUUGUAGUUGUUUUGAAGAUACUUCUAUGGAAGACUUUAAAAAAAUGCUAAAUGUAAACUUUUUGGGGAGUAUAAAUAUGACACAGGCUGUUGUACCACUCAUGAAAAAGCGAAAGCAUGGUCAUAUUGCUUUUGUAUCAUCUCUUGCUGGAUUAAUAGGAAUUUAUGGAUAUUCUGCUUAUUCAGGAUCAAAAUUUGCUGUUCUUGGAGCAGCACAAGCUUUGCAAAUGGAAGUCAAAACAUACAAUAUAAGCAUAACUGUAUCAUUCCCACCUGAUACAGAUACUCCUGGUUUUGCUGAGGAAAUGAAAAACAAGCCUAUUGAAACAAUACGCAUAAGUGAAUCUGCUGGAUUAUACUCUGCUGAAGAUGUUGCCAAACAAACAUUAAAUGAUAUUUUGAACAAAAAGUUUAUGUCCACAAUAGGAUUUGAUGGUUUGAUGCUAUGUACUGCAUGUAGUGCUACAAUGCCAACAAAUUCUUAUUUUGAAUUACUUGUUCAGAUUUUUACAAUGGGUAUUCUCCGUCUUGCCUCAUUUGUGUACUUGAAGCAAUGUGAUCAUACUAUUAAAAAAUGUGCCCGAGACAAAGAGAUGGAGAGUAAGAAGACUUUACAAAAUGAAUAAUUUGUUUAUCAUUUUAAUUGUGACAUUCCAAUAUGAGCUUAUAUGUGGAGAGGUUUAUCACAAAGUCAUCUGGCUUCUCUUCUUCACUAUUUUGAAUAAAAUAUUAGAAUAAG